ACUGAAGAUGGAGAACGAGGUUGGGAAAUCUGUGGAUAACCAAAUGGAUAAAUACAUAGUGACCAUCAUGGGGAAAUCAGAAAGCCAAAUGGAUAUUGUGGAGAAAUCAACCAGACCUGGGCAGAAGUCCUGGAACUUUGUCACUAUCGGCCUGUCGGUCCUUCUGAUCCUCAUGACCUGUGCCGUGGUAGCGCUUGUAAUCCUACACUCCAGCAGCAGAGAAUUGCAAUACGGUGCCAGCCCUGAGAACAUAUGUACCACUCCGGGAUGUGUCACAGCAGCUGCCAGGAUAAUUCAGAACAUGGACCCAACGGCAGAGCCGUGCCAGAAUUUCUACCAGUACGCCUGCGGAGGCUGGCUCAAUCGGCACGUGAUCCCAGAAACGAGCUCCAGAUAUAGCAUCUUUGACAUCUUGAGGGAUGAGCUAGAGAUUAUUCUCAAAGGUGUGCUGGAGACACCAGGGCAGGAAGAUCGGGAUGCCUUCCGGAAGGCAAAAACGCUUUAUCGAUCUUGUAUGAACGAGAGUUUCAUAGAGCAACGUGAUUCAUCGCCUCUGCUAGAGGUCUUGCGUGUGGUUGGAGGCUGGCCGGUGGCUUCUGCAGACCAGAAUGUCACUAAAGAGCCAAAUUGGGGUCUGGAAGAGAAGCUCUCCUUACUGAAUUCCCGAUUCAACGCACGAAUCCUCGUUGAUAUGUUUGUAUGGCACGAUGACAGAGAUUCCAGCAGAAAUAUUAUUUAUAUUGACCAACCUAGCCUGGGAAUGCCUUCUAGAGAUUACUACUUUAAUGAUGGCAACUACCGAAGAGUUCGAGAGGCCUACUUACAGUACAUGAUCACCAUUGCCAAAAUGAUCAGAGAAGAUCUGAACGUCUCCAAAGACAAUGAGUUCGUCGAAGAAGAAAUGAGAACAGUGAUGGAGUUUGAGACUGAUAUCGCAAAUGCUACAGCUCCAGCAGAAGAAAGGCAUGACGUGACUUUGCUUUACAACAAAAUGACUGUUGCCGAACUACAGGAAAGGUUUCAGCUGAAUGGGUUUAAUUGGACACUUUUUCUCCAAGGGGUCAUGUCUUCAGUGAACAUUGAGAUUGGCUCUGAGGAGGAGGUAGUUGUGCAUGGAGUACCGUAUCUCCAGGAACUAAAAGCCAUCGUCUCCAGUUAUUCAGCCAGCACUAUCCAGAACUACUUGGUUUGGCGACUGGUUCUCGAGAGAGUCAGCGGCUUGAGCCGGCGUUUCAGAGAUGCCCGAGCAAACUACAGGAAGGCGCUUUAUGGUACCAUGGUGGAGGAAGCCCGGUGGCGCGACUGCGUGAGUUACGUCAACACCAACAUGGAAAAUGCAGUCGGAGCACUUUACGUUAGGGAAACUUUCGCUGGAAAGAGCAAAAGAAUGGUCCGAGAACUCAUUGAUAAAAUUCGUGAAGUGUUCAUUGAGACGCUGGAUGAACUGCAGUGGAUGGACGAGACAUCGAAAACGAAAGCCCAGGAAAAGGCCACUGCAAUUAAAGAGCAAAUAGGCUAUCCAGAUUAUAUUCUAGAAAAUCAGAAUGAAAAGCUGGACCAGGAAUAUACAAAUCUGACUUUCAGUGAACACGAAUACUUUGAGAACAUCCUGGCCAACCUCCAGGCUGGGGCGCAGAAAACCUUGAGAAAGCUGAGAGAGAGAGUCGACCAAGACGUAUGGCUGAUUGGGGCUGCGGUGGUCAACGCAUUCUACUCCCCCAACCGGAACCAGAUUGUUUUUCCUGCAGGAAUCCUUCAACCCCCUUUCUUCAGCAAGCACCAACCACAGGCGCUCAACUUUGGUGGGAUCGGAAUGGUAAUAGGUCAUGAGAUCACGCAUGGAUUUGAUGACAAUGGCCGGAAUUUUGACAAAGACGGCAACAUGUUUGACUGGUGGAGCAACUUUUCCGCAACACAUUUCAAGGAGCAGUCACGCUGUAUGGUCUACCAGUACGGGAACUACACGUGGGAGCUGGCCGGGGGACAAAACGUCAGUGGAAUCAGCACGCUUGGAGAAAACAUUGCUGAUAACGGAGGCGUCCGUCAGGCCUACAAGGCUUACUUAAAAUGGGUCGCAAGAGAAGGAAAGGAGCCAAGUUUACCCGGGUUGGAUCUGACUCACGAACAGCUCUUCUUCCUCAAUUUCGCACAGGUCUGGUGCGGUUCCUACAGGCCUGAAUAUGCAAGCCAGUCGAUUAAGACUGAUGUCCACAGUCCACUGAAGUACAGGGUGAUGGGGUCCUUGCAAAACUUCGAAGCCUUUUCGGAAGCGUUCCACUGCAAAGGGGGCACCGCCAUGCACCCCAUAGAGAAGUGCAGAGUUUGGUAGCCAAAGAGACUCGAGAAUCAUUGUCA